AUGAGUGAAUAUUGGGUGAUCAGUGCCCCUGGCGACAAGACCUGCCAGCAGACUUGGGAUACUCUAAAUAAUGCCACCAAGUCAGGCAAUCUCAGUGUCAACUACAAAUUCCCUAUUCCCGACUUAAAGGUCGGGACUUUGGAUCAGUUGGUAGGGUUGUCAGAUGACCUUGGUAAGCUGGACACCUUUGUGGAGAGUGUUACAAGGAAGGUUGCCCAAUACCUCGGUGAGGUUCUCGAAGAUCAACGUGACAAACUCCACGAGAACCUGAUGGCGAACAAUAGUGACCUGCCCACCUAUCUGACACGUUUUCAAUGGGACAUGGCGAAGUAUCCCAUCAAACAGAGCCUUCGCAACAUCGCCGAUAUCAUCAGUAAACAGGUGGGCCAAAUCGAUGCAGACCUAAAGGUGAAAUCAUCCGCUUACAACGCGUUGAAGGGUAACUUACAGAACUUGGAAAAGAAACAGACAGGAAGCUUGUUGACCCGCAACUUGGCCGACUUAGUGAAGAAGGAGCAUUUCAUUCUCGACAGCGAAUACUUGACUACCCUACUCGUCAUUGUGCCCAAAGCUCUGUUCAGCGACUGGAACGCAAACUACGAGAAGAUUACCAACAUGAUCGUGCCCCGUUCCACCCAGCUUAUCCACCAGGACGGCGACUACGGCCUCUUCACCGUCACCUUGUUCAAGAAGGUGGUGGAAGAGUUCAAGCUGCAUGCCCGCGAGCGCAAGUUCGUGGUGCGCGAGUUCUCGUAUAACGAGCAGGACCUCGCCGCCGGAAAAAACGAGAUCACCAAACUCGUGACCGACAAGAAGAAGCAAUUUGGUCCUCUAGUCCGUUGGCUGAAGGUGAACUUCUCAGAGUGCUUCUGCGCAUGGAUACACGUCAAAGCCCUGCGCGUCUUCGUCGAAUCUGUGCUAAGAUAUGGUCUGCCAGUGAACUUCCAAGCGGUAGUCAUGGUCCCAUCGCGCAAGAGCGUGAAGAAACUGCGCGACGUGCUGCAGCAGUUGUACGCGCAUCUGGACCACUCCGCCCACCACCACUCUGGGGCACAGCAGGAGAGUGCUGAGCUAGCAGGUCUAGGUUUCGGCCAGGUGUACUUUGAAUGGCUGUUUAAGGCAAUGUUACCAAGUUCUGUGCGAAUAUCAGUUGCAUCAGCAUCUAGUUGCAAUAUGGCCAUGUAA